CUUUUUUUUAUUCCCCCCCAGGGUGGGAGAGAAUUCGCCUUUAUUACACAGCACACUGAUAUAUCAUUACAUACAACAUAUACGCACGCGUGCACUCAGUUCUCUUUGCAAAGGCACAAAUCUCUCUCUCUCUCUCUCUCUCUCGCGAUCCCUCAAAAUAUCACCAGGUUAUACACAUCAACGUACACGUAUAACAGAGAGGAGAAGGGAGAUUUGUAUUGAGGGAAAAAAAAAUGGGAUACAUAGGGGCUCAUGGGAUCGGUGCGCUGCAUAGAUACAAGUACAGCGGGGUGGAUCAUUCCUUCGUCGCGAAAUACGUCUUGCAGCCGUUUUGGAGCCGUGUCGUCAACUUUUUCCCUCUCUGGAUGCCACCGAAUAUGAUUACUCUCACAGGAUUCAUUUUCUUGGUCAUAUCUGCAUUGCUUAGUUAUAUAUAUUCACCCCGAUUGGAUACAGCUCCUCCAAGAUGGGUUCAUUUUGCGCACGGAUUACUUCUCUUCUUGUAUCAGACUUUUGAUGCUGUUGAUGGGAAGCAAGCUAGAAGGACAAAUUCCUCUAGCCCAUUGGGGGAAUUGUUUGACCAUGGCUGUGAUGCACUUGCUUGUGCGUUUGAGGCCUUGGCCUUUGGGAACACUGCUAUGUGUGGAGGGCUUACUUUCUGGUAUUGGGUGAUUUCAGCUGUUCCAUUUUAUCUUGCAACAUGGGAGCACUACUUCACCAAUACACUUAUUCUGCCGGCAGUAAAUGGGCCUACAGAGGGUCUGAUGCUUAUAUAUUUGGUCCAUUUCUUUACAGCUAUAGUUGGUGGUGGGUGGUGGGUUCAGCCUUUUGGAAAGUCCCUGCCUUUUUUGAGUUGGAUUCCAGUAAUAAGUGAAAUCCCAACAAACAAAGUUAUGCUGUUUCUAAUGGUAGUUUUUGCUGUUAUUCCAACAAUUGCAUGCAAUGUGCAGAAUGUCUACAAGGUUGUCCAGGCGAGGAAAGGAAAUAUGCUGCUGGCAUUGGCGAUGCUUGGCCCAUUCGUUGUGCUCUUGGGAGGAGUCCUGAUGUGGGAUUACUUGUCUCCAGAAGAUAUAAUAAGGAACUACCCACAUUUAGUUAUAAUUGGAACUGGACUCGCUUUUGGGUUUCUUGUGGGAAGGUUGAUAUUGUCUCACUUGUGUGAUGAACCCAAGGGCUUAAAAACUAGUAUGUGCAUGUCAUUGUUGUUUCUUCCCUUCGGCAUUGCAAAUGCUCUCACUGCCAGAUUGAAUGAUGGGGUUCCUUUGGUUGAUGAGAGAUGGGUUCUUCUUUUGUACUGUGCAUACACAGCUGCACUCUAUUUGCACUUUGCCACAUCAGUCAUUCACGAUAUAACAACAGCCCUUGGAAUAUACUGCUUCAGGAUAACAAGGAAAGAAGCUUGAGACAGGCUAAUAUGGUAUUCUGCGCACAUCUUUAUUCCAGCUGGCAAGUCGGAAGCAAUGGAUCAGAUUCAUGGUCUCUCUCUAUUGUUAAAAUUUUGGCUGAAUAUGACUUGCAUCAUUUUUGGAUACUGUCAUAGUUUCAGUCAAUCACUUGCAUUGUUAUAUUCAUCCUAUUGCUCUUAUAUUAGAGCAGGGCUUCCUUCAAUUAGGUAUUAGACAGGAAUUUCUGUACUUUUUUUGCUGCUAUUAUUUUUGAGAGAGAGAGAGAGAGAGAGAGAGAGAGAGAGAGAGAGAGAGAGAUUCCACUUGUUGUAAGACUUAUUUUGUGAGAAAUGACGCAUUUGGCUCGAUUAUUUACUCCAAUGUUUUCCA